AUGCUUUCUGCUGGUGAAGACGUGGAGAUGACGACGAUUGCCGACAAUGUCUUCGGGUCGCAGCUCCGCGGCAAUGCAGGCCGCAAGCGAAUCCGCGUGGAUGCCAGGACGACGAAGCGCCCUUAUGCAGAGGGGCCCGGGCACAUCACAGCAACGUCUGCGGCGCCCGUGGCUGCCUGCCGGCGCAAGGGCCGCGGCUCGGGUCCCUUCACAGAGAAGGACGACGAAGAGGCUUACGGGAAGACUGACGACGAAGAGGCUUCGGGAAGACUGUGCCUUUACGCCCCUUACGGGGACGACGAAGAGGCUUACGGGAAGAUUGUGCCUUUACGGAGGUCCCUUGCGGGGCUGGGUCCCUUCACAGAGAAGGACGGCCUUUGCGAGUCCCUUGCGGGGCUGGGUCCCUUCACAGAGAAGGACGACGAAGAGGCUUACGGGAAGACGAGCCCCUUACGGGGACGAGGAAGAGGCUUACGGGAAGACUGUGCCUUUACGGAGCCCGUUACGGGGAGGGAGGGUCCUUACGGGAAGGGCCAGUCCUUACGGGGAGGGUCCCUUACGGGGCUGGGUCCCUUCACAGAGAAGGACGACGAAGAGGCUUACGGGAAGAUUGAUGCAUCCCUGGACUUGCUGUUGGGGCGCCUGGAUACUGUAAAUAUCAUGAUUCGACGUUUGGAUGGAGGAUAG